CUCACGACGUACGUAUCAUAGAUGCUGUGCUUGUUGGCGUCGUGGUCCCAGGCAGUCCCGGAUAAGCUAUCGCCCAGACAAAAAGCUCCGGAAUACGCGAGGAGUUCGGGAGGCAGAGCCCUGCUUCCACCCGCGUCCGGGCAGACCCCGGCGAACGUUGGUAAAUUGGAGUCGUCCGGGCCAGGGUCUCGAGUGAAGCAGGUCUCGGCGCCACAACAGGAUAAUGUCCAGAAAGACGAGUCCGUCUCGUUCAAGGAAGUGGAUGGCGAAUCUGUGAGAGUCGUCGUCGGUAACUACGGCUACGAGAGCCCCGAGGGUCUGCCCGUCUCAAUCAAAUACAUGGCCGAUGAAAAUGGAAACAAGGCGAGUUUUACCAUUGGGGCGGCAGCUGGUGGAGGAACAGGAGUGAAACCGAGACCUUCCUCGAAUAUUCAAGGACCAGCAGUUGGCGGUACGGGAAAAAGCGGUGGUAGAGGUGGAGCGGGAACCGGCGGUGGAGCCGGAACCGGCGGUGGAGCGGGAACCGGCGGUGGAGCGGGAACCGGUGGUAGAAAUCAAGGCGCAACUGGUAACGGAGGAACUAGAGGGUCUGGUAAACCUGGUGGUGUGAAUCGUUCGGAAGGACUUCCUGGAAACAAAGACAGAAAAUACUUACCUCCGCCAAUUAAAUCAAGAUAA